UAAGCGUGAAGCAUUUUAACAAAUCUAACAGAAGCUGCAAAGUGUGGGAAACUGUGACAGGAGUGUUUUAAGAAACAGACGUGAAGAAUGGGCGCUAUGAAGUGGCUGGUGAUUUUUGUCUUGCUGGGCAUGUGCUCACAGGCUGCAGCCCAAUCAGCUAUCCAAGCAUCCGUGUUCUCAGCAACAUCCAAGACUGUGAUUGUCAAAUGGACCAGGUACUCCGGAGCCAGCUCAUGCAGGAUCACUGUCACCCCCAAAAGCUCACCAAACAACCCCAUUGCUUUUGCCACAUUUGGUCCAAACACAGUGUUGGGCUCUAUCAACUGUCUGUCUCCGAACACCAUUUAUAAUUUCACAGUUGAAGCUCUGGAUAAUUCCCAAGGAACACUGAGCACUGUGACUUUUGAGACAUCCACAGCCCCUGAGACGAUGGAUCCCAUCCAGACAGUGAAGCCAAAGGAUAGCAGGACCUUGAUAGCAGGGUUCAGCUUGAGGACCGGGGCGACUCAUUACAUCAUACGAGUCCAGAACGCCAACGGCUUCUUCAGAGAAGACAGCGUGUCCUCCUCCCCCGCUGAGAUUAAGUCUCUCACACCAUACACUGAGUACACGCUCAGCAUCAUGGCUGCGAACAGCGGAGGCCGCAGCCAGCCGUCUCUUCCUGUGACAGCAAAGACAGCUUUGCCUCCUCCUCAGCUCUCCGUCUCCUCUCCCAGCAAUGACAGCAUCACUGUAUCCUGGGCCACUGUUGCUCACACUGUCCGAUAUUCCCUGUCGAUAUACAAGUUUGGCUCAAACACCAACAUGACACACAACACCUCCAACACCAAUUUGACCAUCUCUGGCUUGGACGCUGGCUCACUCUACGUCAUCAGGGGUUUCGCCUGGGACCCCGAGGGCCGAGAGGGAGAGGGCAGUUUGCACAUCAACCAGACAACACGACCUCCAACACCAUCUUCUGUCAAUGUCUCUGUGGUGAUGAGUAAUAGUGUGGCCGGACUCUCAGUGUCCUGGGAACUCAAUCAGGAGGUCUAUGGAUCCAUCCAGUACCAUGUGAUGAGUGACCAGAACCUCACUUGUAACUCUACAUCUAGCUCCUGCACCUUGUCGGCAGUGGGCUGUGGAGAGGUACACACUAUUCAGGUCACCGCCUCGAACGAGGCCGGGCCCAGCUUCCCAUCCAGCCCCGUGGUGUUCAUCACCUUCCCCUGCCCACCAGAGUCUUUGGCUCUCGUGGAGUCGUCAGAAGGAAACUGUACGCUGACGUGGGACACGGUGCCUCAUGCUGAUAGCUACAUGGCCUUCAUCAAGAGAGGUGACAACAGCGAGCUGGCCUGCAACACCACCAGCAACAACUGUACCUACCACUGCAAGUGUGGCUACACAUACCUGAUGUCUGUGUUCGCAUUCAACCAGGCUGGCAGCAGUCCUGAAGGAAAGGUUCUCAACUAUACCACCGUGCCCUGUUGUCCAGAGGGUGUAUCUGUCUCCAUGGUGAGCACUGACACACUGGAGAUCAUGUGGACAGCCGCGCGGGGGGCAGAGCUGUACGAGACUCGGGCUGCUGACAGUUCAGAGGUCAUCCUUUGUAACGACACGGCACCGGUGUGCGUCCUCUCUGACCUCAGCUGCGACAGUCCCUACAGUGUGGUGGUGACACCCUGCAAUGAAAUCAGUGGAUGCAACCGUGCAUGCAAAGCUCACACUAAAGACACAGCUCCCUGCAUCCCGAUAAACCUGAUGCUGAAUCCGAAAAAUUCCUCCUGCGUUGGUGUCAGCUGGACAGCAAACAACAGGGCUGCUACUUACACUGUGAGCGCGUUGGGAGAUGACGGCAAACACACCUGCACCACCAGUGGAAACAGCUGUGACAUCACUGACCUUCCCUGUGGCUCCACCUACGAAGUCAGUGCCAUAGCAACCAGUGCGGCAGGCCAGAGUUUAUCCAGCUACUCUGACUCUCUGGAAACAGGACCCUGUUGCCCGGUGAAUCUGACAGUGGAUCAGGUGACUCAGGCAGUGACCAAUGUCUCAUGGUCUCAUGCCAAAGGGGCGCAUUCGUUCAUCACUUCUCUGUCAUCACCGCGUGGUCACGCCCGCUGCCACACCCAGGACUCCCACUGCCUCAUGGGAUGCAUCACCUGUGGGACCAACUACACCGUCACCAUGGAGGCGUUCACCCACAGCGGGCACAGGUCCAACUGCACCUAUCAAGGCUUCUCGUCCAGUGCCUGCUGUCCAUCAGGUGUCAGGCUCUACAGGAUGGCCGGCAACUCUCUGCGGGUGUACUGGCGCAGCGCUAGCAGCAGCCACAGCUACAUCGCAGAGAUGGUGGGCAGCAGCAACAACUACACCUGCACUGCGUCUCCCGGAGAAAACAGCUGUGAUGUUGGCAACAUCCAGUGUGGGGAUGUUUAUAAUGUAGUGGUGGCCCCGCUCACAGCAGAGGGCAGCAAAGUCCUGUUCUGCUCCCAGAGACUGUACUCAGUCACUUGCUCAAGAAGCAACAUUGGCACUGUGAUUUACAGAGGGAAGCGAAGUGUGGACUAGCACAUAAUACAACAAACACCUCCAUUUUCUUCAUCCUCAUCUUCCUCUUGCAUCGCCCCACUGGAAUAAAGCCAUGCUCAUACUGUAGCUAAAGAGAAGAACAACUAUUAACCAGAGAUAAACAUGCAAUUUGGCCAUGAUACCUACUCGAUAACAUGAUGAAUAAUGAGUUUGAGAUGUUGUUCAGUGUUGUAAACCUGCCUUUAAAUGAUGUUCAUGUAUCAUGGCCAAGCAAAACCUUCACUGUGCCCUCAAUAAUCAUGAUCAAGCACUUAAAUAAACGAAAACAAGGGCAAGCGGACAACAAGGGUGCAUUGUGUGUUUGCUGCUUAAAAUAUGUAUCAUGACACAAAAUCAUGGUAUGAAUUUUGUAAAUGUAAAAAAAGUUUCUCAUGAUAAAACAUUUGAUCCACAAAGAACCAGAACAAAAUGUAUGUGCUGUACUGAGAAAGUUAUGACUUUGAAAGUUAUCUGGGUAAUUGCGAAAUCAUUUUAUCACUGAGCUCUUGGCUUAAAAAACUCAAAAUAAAUGAUCGAAUUGACAAAAAAAAUCUAUUAGCGAAACAGUAACAGUGACAACAGACAUUUAAACAAUUUAUGAAACAUUUUGGCCCUUAACUUUAAGAAUUAUUAAUUCGAGAAUUGACCAAAUUAAAACAAAUUUUGUAGCUCCACCCCCAAGUAGGAAGCCUCCUGAUGAUAAGUGGCAGAGGCUGAUCUGUGCAUCUCAGGAUGUGAUUAACUGUUUGGAAUAUGUGUCACUGUGGUUGUGUAAACGUGAUGCAUAUUUCAGUUAAUAAAGAAUUUCCAGCA